UUAUUUUUAGUCGGAACAUAACCUAAGCUUUUCCCGGGGGCUGCUCACCUUCUUCCAUCUCCUCCAUCCUGCGUCUUGUUCUGUGUUCCGUGUUUUGUUUUGCAGAGGCUCCUAGGCGGCUGUGCCACACCCUUUCCCCUCCCCAGGGUCCGAAAGAAAAUUAGAAAAAAAGAAACAAAAAUAAGAAGAACACUUUCGGGGGGAAGAAAAUGAGCAAUUACAACGUGACCCUCCACGGUCCAGCACCAUGGGGUUUCCGUCUUCAGGGGGGCAAAGACUUCAACAUGCCUCUGACCAUCUCCAGGAUCACUCCGGGGAGCAAGGCUGCACAAGGUAACCUGUACCAGGGUGACAUCAUCAUGGCCAUUGAUGGUGUCAGUACUGAGGGUCUUACCCACCUGGAGGCGCAAAACAAGAUCAAGGCUGCAACCAAGAGUCUGUCACUCACCAUGCAGAGAUCAAGACGGCCUGCUCCUGUUCCCACCGCCACCCCAAGAAUGGACUCCCCUAUGCCGGUGAUCCCCCACCAGAAGGUCAUUGCUAACACUGCUGCCAACACGGAAUACAUCCCCAGUUUCAACCCCAACGUGCUGAAGGACUCCGCCCUGUCUACCCACAAGCCCAUCGAGGUCAAGGGUCCUGGGGGUAAAGCCACCAUCAUCCAUGCCCAGUACAACACCCCCAUCAGCAUGUACUCUCAGGACGCCAUCAUGGACGCCAUUGCUGGACAAGCCCAGGCUAGAGGCAAUGAGAUGAGCGGAGACGUCGCUUCUCCAUUGGCUGCGCUCCCCCUUAAAGACCCUCUCAUAGACAGCGCGUCCCCCGUCUACCAGGCCGUGAUCAAGGCCAACGAAAAGGAUUCUGAGCUGUCUGAAUGGGCCCGUCGUGCCGCCAACCUGCAGUCCAAGUCCUUCCGCAUCCUCGCCCACAUCACGGGCACGGAGUACUUGCAAGACCCAGAUGAGGAAGCCCUGCGGAAAUCAAGGGAAAAGUUUGAGUCGGAACUGAAAGGGCCACGUUUCGCAAAAUUGAGAAACUGGCACCAUGGCCUGUCUGCACAAAUCCUGAACGUACAGGAGUAAGUGUCCCCCGUUGGUGAGUCCGAGUAACCAGCGCCGGGCAAUGAACUGAAACGCAGAGCUGAAGAAGGAGCAGGAAUGCAAGGAAGUGGAAUUUCUAGGAACCAGGGCAAAACUUAGAGGGGUGGAUUAGUGCAUUAAAAUAUGUAAAGCUUCUCUGAGUGAUUUUUUUUUUUUUUCACCUGCUACAUGUUUCGAGUGGCGUGUCCUUCCGCAAGUGAAACCAUGUAUCCUUCUGCCAGGGAAAUGUAGUUCUCACCUACCUUCCUUUUACUUUUUCUUUAUUUUUGCCUGUUCUGCUGACGCUAACCCAGAACGAAUUGUUACUGUACAAAACAGAAAGUGACACUCUGAAGACCACUGUUUCCCUCCAUGUGAAUCAAUGUGAAUAAAAGCAGUAUCUCUUCAAACAAAAA